GAUGACUAACCCAUCUCUGAAAGAGAUGAGUAAUCUGAACCCGCUAGAGUCUCACGAGGUUCACCUCGUGGGAGUUGUAGGGGUUUUCUGUGACCCUGAGACUUACCCUACACAGGAGGGUAUUAAAUCAUGGUCUGAACAGGGUGUCGUACCGGUCGUGGGACUCCACCCCCGGAAGGCGCUUACCGAUAAAGGGUUCAGUAAGCUGGCGGAAGUUCUCCAAUUUCCGGAGGUAGCAGGAUUGGGGGAGAUAGGUCUUGAUCGAACUGAACCUGCUGAAAAAUGGGCUGAACAGCUCCGCAAGGUUGAGCAAGUCUUGACUUUGCUGCAACCGGAGCAUGUGCUCGUUAUUCAUUGCAGAAGUUUGACAAACCUUUCAGAUGAGUCUCUGUUAACUAUGUUUUACUUGUUACAGGGUCAUCCCUCAGUCAGUAAGGAGCAGCUGAUUCACCUUCACUGCUUUACAGGGUCUUUGGACAUAUUACAAAAAUGGUUAGAGGUGUUCCCUAACACUUAUGUUGGGUUCACAAGUAUGAUCUGUAAGUCCAAUGACUACCUAGACAUGCUCCGGAAACUAGAGUCUUCCCGUUUGCUCCUUGAAACGGAUGCUCCUUAUUUCAGCCCGCCACGCUGUAAAAAGUCCAAUCCCUAUAUGAUUGGAUGGGUUGCAUCCAGGGUAGCUGAGGCCAGAGGCCAAUCUUGGGGUGACCUCCUCAAGUUGGCAAGUAAUAACGCAAAAAGACUGUACAUUGAGAAGCUCCCUCCAGUCUCAAUGUACGGUGAUGAGUCCGGUUAAGCCAU